ACAGAGAAUAAACGAUCAUGCCUUCGCCGUGCUAGGGAAAAACAUUGGACCCGAGCUGGCACGCCGUCUAUCUCAGUGCGUCACUUCCUGUCUUCCCUCCUUUCUUCGAGCUUCCACCGACUGUGUGACCCGCGUGUUUACACACUCCCAGAUGAAGGAGAAUAUAAUGAACCAGGAGAAGCUCGCCAAACUGCAGGCGCAGGUUCGCAUAGGCGGCAAGGGGUCGGCCCGCAGAAAGAAGAAGGUGGUGCACAGAACAGCCACAGCCGAUGACAAGAAACUGCAGUUCUCCCUCAAGAAACUGGGAGUCAACAACAUCUCUGGCAUUGAGGAGGUGAACAUGUUCACAAACCAGGGAACAGUGAUCCACUUUAACAACCCAAAGGUCCAGGCCUCCUUGGCUGCCAACACCUUCACCAUCACAGGUCACGCUGAGAACAAGCAGCUCACAGAGAUGCUCCCCGGCAUCCUAAACCAGCUCGGAGCCGACAGUCUCACCAGCCUCAGGAGAUUAGCAGAGACCCUGCCUAAGCCAGCUGGAGAGAACAAAGCCCCCAUGGUCGCUGCUGAAGAGGAGGAUGACGAGGUUCCAGAUCUUGUUGAGAACUUUGAUGAGGCUUCAAAGAACGAGGCAAACUAACAACCACCAGUGGACAUUUCAAGGCUUUUCUUGACGUUGUAUUUUGACACAGUAGCUUUUAUUUUAUAACUGUUCAUCUCCCUCUUUGCUCUAUGGCUACAAAUAAAAGUUGCUCUUACCGUAAUUGUUACCUUGACCAUUAGGGAUGAAAUACAUAAGUCAUUUUAUAUGUCAGCCCUGAUACCCUGUUGUCUGAUUUGCCUUGUUCUGCUGUCCCAGUGAAAAGAUUUUAUCCAGUGGAAUGUGCAUCCCUUUUGUCUGUGUCACGCCGCCUCUCCCGCGCUGUGAUGCCAACACAUCAAAUGUAUCGGUGAACUCAAUCAUGUAAUAAAAAUAACAUUUAAAUUUCUAAAA